AUAAGUUAUGCUAUGCAGUAAACGAAAGCGAUAAGAUUACAACAGCAGCCUUACCCCAAGCCACACAUUCACUCCAGCUUUCUUACAGCAUAUAAAACAUAGAGGCAAUGAUGACUUCUGAAGAGAAAGUCUCGAUAGAGUCCGGAGAAGAUAACACGGGGUACAACGUAAAUGGGGAUGAGGUACAUGUAUCUGUCCCGAGGUCCCAAGCCAUUCCUCGGGCACACCGAGGACACCACUUCAACAUGGAAGAUCGAGAUCCCUCGAAUAUCAACGACCAUGUGAAGGUGUUUUAUCAGGACGUGUUUGCAGAGCCGGAGGGUAACCACAGUAUUGAUGGCGUUUGGCGCGCCAGCUUUAGCACCUUCGUCAACACCAAGUACUGCUGUUACCGCCUGCUGACCGCCAUAUUUGGUGUACCGACGGCCAUCCUGUGCGGCUGCUACUUUGCCUGUCUGAGCUUUGACUACAUCUGGUGCAUCAUGCCAUGUUUACGCGCCUACGUGAUUCAACUGCAAUUUCUUGGGAAAAUUUUCAGCCUGCUUAUCAAAACCUUCUGCGAUCCGUUCUUCGAGUCAUUUGGGCGUGUGUUUAGUGGGAUACGACAUGUUAAGAUCAAAACAACUAACAAUGCACUUGUUUCUGCCUAGUAUUUCGUGUUCUACUCUGGCAAUGUAUACAGAGGAGUUAAGAGUUUAGUGAGAAACGACACGUUAAGAUCAAAGCGUUGAACAACUUUUUUCUGCCUAGUAGUCAGUCUUCUACUCCAGCUCUCUCUUCUCAUGUUUUCGUCUUUAACGAGUCCCGAACUUUUAAAGAUAAGAAAAGAUGCCUGCGGAGGAGAGUCUACAUAGACUUGAUUUCCAGCUCAUGUCUGUGAGCCCACAAUGCGUUUGCUGAUGAGGCCUAGGCAACGGCUGAAAACAGAGCCUAGAGGCUACCAACACAUUCAUUUAUUCAACGCACAUUUAACCAACAUGACCUGUUUUUGCAGAUGAGGUCCCAAACAGCUUUUCGCUAAAGGGGGGUUUGGCUCAGCGACAAAGGGGGGAGAGGGGUAAUUUUUUUGUUGCAUAUGGCUCUCUGGCAUCCCAAAGGGGGGUUUAAACCCCCUAAACCCUCCCCCCUAGAUCCGCUCCUGGGUUCGUUCAUAUGUAAACAUUUUUAGUCAUAGGGGCGAACACCAGUUUUAUUUAAAGCCCCCUUUCAAUACCUAUGACACUGCCUAGAAUUUUAACCUUGUGUGCAAGAGUCCAGCUGCUCCCAGUGUUCAAAUUAGCCCAACUGGAAGUUGUGACAAGCUGCUUGGGAACACCCACGCACACUGCUAGCCACCCCUGUAGAGAUCGAGUCUUGGUGCUCUUCAAUCGGUACCUCUAGAACGUGGGGUUUAGAAUUCUGGACAAGGUCUAAUCUACCUGUCAGCGAUCGGGUAGGAGGGGGGGGGGGUCAAUAACUCCCACCAUUGGGUUGAAAUUUAAGUAGUAAUGUUCCUCUCUCCAUAUAUAAGACAGUGAAGUUCCCCCAGCCCACCCCAAGACCUCCGGAAUCGCUGCCUGUGUUAUUAUCACAAAAAUACAAAUUUUAUAAGAGGUCCAGCCUAACUUCCUCUGUAAGUUGAAUACCCAAAUGGAGAGAGCAGUAGAGGAACAUGAUAAUGCUGGUCUGGGUCCUUGAUGAGGAAUACAAUCUGAAACAUAAAAUUUAAGUACAAAUUAAAAAUCUUUCCAAUAAUUGUUACAUUGUUGACUAAUAUUUCAGCAAAUAUAUGUCACAGUCAAUAGAAACUGGUAUUUUUUUCUACCAUAGCAUGCUUGAAAAUUAAAAUCUAAAAUUUUAACAAUAAAGUUCAGCCAUAAAAA